UAUACAGAGAGUUGUGAACAAAAGUCAUUUGAAAGAUGCCUGCAUCCACUUGUACUUCAACCACAAUUAGAAGGAAAAGGAGUUCAGAAUCAACAACAACCAUCAUGCAACUGAUCAACAACGAAGACAAUGAGAGGAUGGAUCCCGCUCGAAAGAAACAAUGCAGUAUUAUUUUGAAGAAACUAAUGAAUCACACAAGUGUUCUUCUUCAGAAACACUUGGACUUGCGCAGAAUAGAACGGAAACUCGAUUGCAAGGCCUACCCGACUACGUCUAGGUUCGCCGCAGAUGUUAAGCAGACUCUUGUUAAUGCUAUUCAAAACCAUCCUUCCACCCAUGAAGUUCAUAUCAAAGCCAAAGAAUUGAGUAACAUAUUUGAUGUAAGUUGGAAGACAAGGAACAAGUGGUGGAUUGAUAUGCCAGAAUCUCAGCCAGAAAAGAAACAAAAGGUUGCAAUUGUCAACAAAAAUUUAUUAUCAAAAGCAAAGGAGGCCAAGCAGGGUUUGCAGACUUUGAAGACAUGCAAAGCUGUUGAUUUGUUGUUGCAAUUUCUGAAGAUGUUGUAA